AUGACAGGAAAACAUCUCCAGAUGGUGGAGGAAUUAAAUUUUCUUUUGCUAGAGGGAAUUGAAGUUGCUACCAAGGAGGGAUCUACAAGGAUUUACUUUACAUUAGGUUUGCUGUUAGGUGACAAUGAGGCCCUCAACAAUGCCUCUGGAUUUAUGGAGGAUCCAAAUGCUACCAUUUAUUGCAGACUUUGUAAAAUGCGGAAGCAAGAAAAUCAAAAGAACUGUCCUCUUCGAGAUGAGUUCAUGAGAACGCCUCAGCAGUAUGUCACAGAUGGUUUUCAGAAUCAAAAACAAACUGGUGUUAAAGAAAAUUCCAUUUGGAACCUUGUUCUCGUCUUCCACGUGGUAAAAAAUUUCUGUCAAGACAUAGCCCAUGACUUACUUGAAGGAGUCUGCAAAUAUGGCAUGCAGCACAUUCUCUAUUAUCUCAUUUGUAGCUCAAAUAAAAUUUUAAGCCUUGAUGAACUUAAUGCGAAACUCAAAUCUUUCAAUUACGAAAAAAAUGGUUUCAGUAAUAGGCCACCCCUUUUGAGAUACGAUGAGAUUAAUAAGAAGAAGAAGUUGCACAUGUCUGAAAGUGAAAUGCAUACCUUCAUUUUAAUAUUUCCCAUGCUUGUCGAGGAUAUAGUUGAAGGUGGCAUAAAUAUCGAAAACGAAAUUUGGCAGUACUUUUCUGUUUUGAGACAAAUUAUGGAUAUUUGUUUUGCGAAAUCUUUAAGAACAGAGUUGAUUGAUAUUUUGGAUUCUCUCGUGAAUCAGCACCAUAACUUGUAUCUAAAACUAUUUAAUGAUCCAUUGAAACUCAAGUUUCAUAACAUGAAACACUAUUCGCUAGUCAUAAAAAUGUCUGGCCCUUUGUCUCAUCUUAAUCUCCUGAGAUUUGAAUCCAAGCAUCGAGAGCUAAAAGCUAUUGCCAUCUCAACAACAUCAAGGAUAAAUCCUUGUCAUACUAUUGCCGUUAAAGAGCAGCUGCGAUUAUGCCAUUGUCUUCUUGGAAAACACGGAUUGCCUCCUAAAUUCGAAUUGGGCCAUGGUUACAACCUGGAGUGUGCAUCUUUAAGCACUCAUUUCAAUAUAACUCAGGAUGCUUUGUCUAUCGAUAAGUUUUCAGGGCCUUGGUUAGAUGUUAAAUGGGUAGACAUAAAUGGAAUUGAUUACAACAUUGGUUCAGUUGUAGUUCUUGAUGUGAAUCCUGAUGGGUUUCUAGAAUUUGGUAAAAUUUUGAAUAUUUUAGCCAAUGAGGACCAACAUGUUCUUUUCAUCUAUGAAAAGUUAGUAGCACAAUCCUUCAAUGAAGAGAUUCAUGCUUACGAAAUUGUCAAUUCUAAUCAGAUUACAUUUUCACUGGCUGAAAAUCUCCUAUCUCCUUUUUUAGCUAUUCAUCAUUAUUUGUCAGAUGGACGAGACAUUGUAUCACUAAGACAUGCAGUCUGA